AUGGUUCUUCGCGCUAUUUUUCGAUACUUGGUCAACAAUGAGCAAUUAAUACAACGUUUAUCAGAAAGUUAUCCAAUGCGGAGAACUGCUCAAAUAUUUAUUAGUGCAUACUAUCGCAGCAGAGCAAUUGCAGAGGAGCAAAAAUUGGUGGAAAUGACGCCAGAGAGCUUCAAGAGAAUGAUUCAAAAUUUUAAAAAUAGCAUUAAACAAGAAGUUAAAACAACUACAAACAAUAUGAAAAAACCGAAAUAAAUCACAUAGCUAAAUUUGCUUUUAA